AGGGCUAUCUUUGCGGGGUCAUUUCGCUUUUGCCCAAUUUUCAUCUCGCUUGCUGAACUCGAUAAAGAGCAACAGGAGCGAGCGAGAGAGCUUGCAAACAACGCCUAGAAACAAUGACCACAGAACCUGUCACAAGACAAAAGAGGCCGUCCAUUGUCCGGCGAUUGUUGACUCGGCGCUCGUCGUCGCGGUUGCAGAGAGAACACAACACAACGGCGCCAGUAACACCUCUUCUUCCUUCCGCAAUCACGGUUCCAACAUCUCCUUUACCAACACCGCCACCACCAGAACACUUGGAGCACUUUAACCUCGCAUCCUCCUUUUCCUCGUCGUCUUCUUCCUUGUCCUCUUCCUCCUCGUCGUCCGCGUCACCAUAUACUUGUUCAAAUAUAGCAACUCCACCGCCGCCACCACCUCCUUGCACACCGCAAGACACGCCUCCUUCGUCACCUCCAUUGCCCUCUCAUAUUGCAACCGUCUUGUUUCGUCGUCUGUCGUCCAUUGCACGUCGCCGGCGGUCCGAGGAACACGAUGAAGAAUGUAUGGCCAAAACCCUGGGUCUUGCUGAAUCCUUCUUGUUUGGCAAAGAUGGGGAAGAUGUGGAUGAAAAGAGAGCUGUAAAGUUGCUCAAGAGCAUCCUAGAUAGCAAAUCAGCCUCCACUUGCCGCGGAAAGUCCUAUGUCGAGGCUCAAGCCAUUUUGGCCUUUUGCUAUGAAUUUGGACUAGGCAUACCGCAAGACUUUGUGUUGUGCGAGCAACUGUACAUGGCUGCAGCCAAUAGUGCAAAUGGUCUUGCUGGAGCUCGGCUUGCGUUUCUUCGUCGUUACGGACGGCCGUCUGUGAAAAUUGAUCGCGUUGAAGCAGAGGAGUGGGUUCAGAGAGUCACUGAAUUGGGUCCCGAUGCUAUAUCUUGGCUAGUCCGAGCCGCUGCCGUUUAUGGUCAUCCCGCCGCUAAUUAUGCAUUAGGUGUGUGUUAUCAUGACGGCGUUGGCGUGCAGAAAAGUGCCGAACAAGCAGUGUAUUACUACAAAAGAGCGGCUGCUGCAGGACAGCCUCGUGGAGAAGGCAUCCUCGGAUACUGCUACGGCGAAGGAUUUGGAGUGGAAAAGGAUGACAAAAUGGCCUUUGCAUUAUACCUGCGUGCCGCACGGCAGGGUGAAUCUGUUUCCAUGUACAAUGUUGCUCAUUCCUAUGAAGAAGGUGUUGGUGUGGCCAAGAAUCUCCAAGAAGCCGUGAAAUGGUACACCCGAUCGGCUGAACUCGGUAAUUGCUAUGCGCAAAACAGCUUGGGCUACAUGUACGAAGAGGGUCUUGGCGUUGAACGGGACGAAGUGGCUGCUGUCCGAUGGUAUACUCUAUCCGCAGAACAAGGGUAUCCUUGGGCGCAAUGCAAUCUUGGCUAUUGUCUUCAAAAUGGCAUCGGUAUACGCAAGGAUGAGGCGAAAGGUGCCUUUUGGUAUCACGCCGCUGCCCGUCAAGGCCAUUCCCGUGCACAACACAAUCUUGGACAUGCGUACCAAUACGGUAUCGGUGUUGAAAAGGACGAAAAAGAGGCGGUUGAAUGGUACCGCCGCUCAGCACGGGCUGGUAAUGCAUUUGCACUCCAUUCCCUGGGUUACUGUUGUCAAUAUGGUAUCGGAACGCCGGUGGACGAAUCCCGCGCUCUCGAUCUCUACAAGCAAAGUUCAAAGCUGGGACAUGCUCCGGCACAGUUGAGCUUGGGCCGAUGUUAUCUUAAUGGUGUUGGUUUGCCUUCACCAGAUGAGAGGAGAGCUUUCAAAUGGAUCAGGAGGAGCGCGAUCCGUGGAAACGAUUUAGCGCAAAAUACACUAGGGCACUUGUAUGAAGAGGGUGUAGGAGUCCGGCCCAGUGUCAAAGACGCUGUGCGGUGGUAUGUCGCCAGCGCAAGGCAAGGCAACGUCUGUGCGCUGACAAACCUCUCCUUUCUCUAUUUGGAUGGCCUAUCAUCAACACCCUCAUCUCUAUCUUCCUCCCUUUCGCCAUCUUCGUCGGCUACCCGUGCUGAAGCUUUGCGGCUUCUUCGGCUGGCAGCCACUGAAGGGCAACCGCGCGCACAGACGCGUUUGGCUCACAUUCUCCUCAAAGGCGAUCUUCUCCCCUUGAAUCCCUCCGAAGCCGUCAUGUGGUACGAACUGGCCGCAUUGAAUGGUUGGAUACCCGCCAUGACUCAUCUCGCUCACUGCCUGGAGAUGGGCAUGGGUUGCUCGGUGGAUGUGCCGGGAGCUGUAGAAUGGUAUGCAAAGGCGGCUGGAUAUGGGGAUGCAUGGGCGGCACAACGAUUGGUUGUGCUUUUAGUUCAUGGCUCACGUGGGGUGGGUGGAGAGGAGAUGGAAGAGCGAGCGUCACUGGGCUACGGCGUGGUGGCGCCAGCUGCAUAAAGCACCCGAUACAACGCAAGACCAACACCCAGAGCCCCUUGUGGCAUUGUACAUUGAUGCAUUUUUUCUAGCCUAGCGCAUAGAUAUUAGUCGAAUACUAGAGUUGAAAAUAGAACAUUUAUAUUGUAUAAGAUAAUCUACGGAUAUUAUAUGCUCAUUUAUACU